CAGGAACUUGCGGUUUUCUCAAAGGAAUAAAAAGGUGCCAGGGCAUGCUACUAUCCUGUCAAGUCCUGCCGGUGGAAUUCCAAGUUGCAACUCAUCCUUCCACUGAUGGGACUAUCUUCUGAGUUCCUCUCCUCGCAUCGAUUGAUCAACAGCUAGGAUUACACCAAUCUUUCCCCCAAUGGCUCCCAUUACUCGAUCGUCAAGGCAGGGUAACCCGUCUUCUUUCUCUGAACGAACUCCGUUCUCUGCCGCAACCCUUUCCAAGUCCGACCGGUACAGCCAGGAUGAGAAUAUGGUCGAUGACUAUGAGGAGGAACUCUUUGAGCAAGAGUCUCCCUUUCAGUCAUCCGCCCAGGACAUCUUACGGCCUCUACAAGACACAGCAGAUCGUGUGAGUCGGCAAGUUGAGGAGUUUGCGAAGACUCUGGACCUCUUUGUGGCCGACCGAGACCCUUCUGAUCAGACGCUAUGGAAUGAUGCAUUUGCGCUACUGGAAAAUUACAGUAAUAUUGCCCUCAAUCGGCUAAAGCGCACGGCUUCCCACGAAUCAGACGUUCAGGUACAAAAGAUCCAGCUUGAAUGCGACCUCUGGAUCUUGAUUCGAAAUUUGCUACUUACAAACUCACCUGACCUUAUGAGAGAGGCGAGCGCUGCCCAAGGAUCACGCCUAGGCGAUCUCCACCGCUACUCAAAGAACGCUGAUAUCUGGGAAGCCUUUCUUGACUCCGACAUCCUUGCACAAGACUAUGAAUGUAUUCUGUCAUGGCUACAAGAAAGAGAAGUCACAACAGCGCCACCUUUGGAAGAAGUGGUCCGUCUCCUAAGUCCUCGCUCGAACAGCAGCGAGGGCGUUUGGAGUGCGGGACCUCUCUAUACGCAGACCGCCAUCAAACGUCAAAAACGCUCGAGGCUGACAUCUGAACCCCUGGACCCCUCGCUCCCGAGCCUUAAGAACGAUCAUGUCAGAGGGGACGGACGAGCCCUUGUAACUCAAUUGGACCCGGAUGCCCCCACACGCCAGUCUGCUUCACUCCAGGAACAGGAUGAGAAUCACGAGCAAACGGCCUGGCGCACCUAUUGGGAGAUGCUACGCCGUGGUCAAAAGCCAAGUUCGGUGGCAGAAUGGUGGGCUGAACGCAAGGAGUCCUGGCGUCAUGCAGCCCUCAAUGUUGGCGGUCCUGCAACGCCAAAUCUCGUCGACUCGCCUUGGCAGCGCAUUUAUGGCAUCGCUUCCAACCCGGAAUGGCUGGAUGUGUGUGAGAGAUUGUCACGCGAAGGAUCUCUUGAUAAGUACCAGAGAGCAGUUUAUGGAAUCCUCGUUGGCAAUUUGAGCUCCUCCACGGCUGUAAGCGAAACGAUCGAUGAUCAAUUGUUCUCGAUCUUCAAUGCAUACCUUAUCGAGCGGUACGCAGCAUACUGGAGCGCCUUCAAACGCCGUGUCAGUGGCUCCGAGUUGCUUGAAUACCAUCCACCACAGUUUGCGGAUAAAGCCCUGAAGACAUUUUCGAGAAAGGCACUUUCCAAUGAAGAAGCGCGUCAACCACAUAAAUUCCUGCAAUUGGCAGCAGUUACAAAAGAUUUCAAUACGUUCCUCCUUGAAAUGGGAGUAGCCGCUGCACACACGGCACAGACGUCUGACGUUGGAGUCCGCUUGAUUGACGAGUCGACUGCAGAAGGAAGUGAAAUUGCUCGAAUCAACGCGCAAGAUCCUGACACAAUAAGAAUUGUGGCCCAUCUCCAACUGGCCUUGCAGUGCUUGGGGCUUUUGGACCCAUCAUUCGCACAAAACCAGUACGAAAUGGAGAACAAUAUCGUCAACUAUAUCGGUUGGCUUGAAACCCAAGGAAAGUAUUCUUUGAUUCCGCUAUACGUAUCAAAGCUAUCCGCAGACCGAGGGGAGCACGUGCUGGCCACCAUUCUUGUCAACGUGACCGAUGAUGCAGAACGUCGACAGCAAGUGAGGCUGAUCAACCAGUUCAAUAUCAACAUCUCUGCUGUCGCGUACGGGGUCUUCACUCUAGCCAACAUGGAUGCACUUCAGAGACUUCGCUCUGGAGGUGGCCCGCCGACUGCUCCGCGUAUCGUUGAGCAAGGAGGAGCUUCUAAAACUGCAAUGCUCAAGAUCAGAUCUGGCCUGAUGGAAGGAGAGAUUACCGAAGAGGACGAAAGAGCGAUUCAAAGCGUGGAAUGGUUUCGUCACACAGAAGCAGACCAAUGGGGAACUGCGGCUUGGUCGGUUGCCAUGUUAUACAAGUCUUUCCUCUUCGAUGGCAAAUUUGCCGCUCUUAGAUUGCUGUCUGAGCGCACGGAGCUCUCGCAGUAUUCUUUGGAUGCUGUGGGGAUGAAUCUCAUGCUCGUCGAGGGCGAUGCGAUCCCACGGGAUUUGUCAUACAAGGACGAAGAUGAAGAUGAAGAUGCAGGCGAGGAUGAAGAACGCUUUCAUCCCAUCAGCCCAAGCCGCAAGCGCAAACCGUCAGCUCAGGAGCAUAUCCUCACGAGACAGGGAACAGAUCGGGAAAUGCUGGCAUCAAAAUCCCUGAUAUGGAAGGAAUUGGAGCAACUUACCGCAGCAAUCUACGCCUUGGAUAAUUUUCAAGGGUUUGUUGAUAGCAUCAGCGAGUGAGUGGACCAAGACUUUUUGAAGUACCAUCUAAUUAACCUUUGGCCAGAAACCGCACAAACUCAACCCAUGUUCGGAAUGUGAAACGAGAACUAUCCAAGGCACUGGACCAAGUGCGUAUCGCCAUUGAUCCCCUCCUGGAUGUUGAUUUCAUGUGUCGACCGCAAGAUGAGAUGGAGGGUGUGCUGUUGAGAGAGCUACGCAAUCACUACGUGCCUGACUGCAUCCUGGGCUACAAUGCAGUGUUUUACUACGCAGGGCACGCUCUUUCGCGGGCAAACCUUGUUCAAACUAUGGAAUUGGCACAGAUUGUGGCACAAAACCCGACGUUGACCAAUGCUUUUGUGGAAAGUGGAAGAAUCCAGGAGUUGGUCAGAGUCUUUGCGUUGGACAGCCAAGCGCUUCUCCUGGCGAAUGAACAAGGAAAGGGCAAGAAGACCAAGACAGACAAGGGGAACAGUGAGAUUUGGUCGGUAUCUUGGAAGGAUCAGGGCGAAGUCGACUUGGAGGCGAUGGAUUGAGAUCUUGUGGUUGAUGUAGGCGGAACAGGCAUUGCGUGGCAUUGGAGCUGUUGAUGAUUUCUAAGAGACAAUGAUGUCGGGGCUCAUGAUCCUCUCGAGCUGAGUGUGGAGAGGAUACCAACAUGUAACCGGAACCGCUUGCCAUCUGCAAGGCACGAAGUCCAGGCAGAAUCGAAGACGCUCUGACAAUGUCUGAGUCGAAGGAAAAGGGGUCAUAGUGAGGCUGUGCUGUGAUUGUUACGAUGAAGCAAACUCAACGGUCCCCAAGGCGUUUUGGGUACGAAGGGUACGAAUCAGACUAGGUUCGGCCAAUCGGCAAUGAAUGGAUGGCACAAGUAUAAAUUAUGGAUUCACGGUUGUGUACGCAGCAGUUCAUCCGGCGGAAAGCCAUCCAAAGCAAUCAUCAGGCACCAUGGUGUCCAGCACAAGGGUAAGACCGCCUUGAUAACGAGGUUAAUUCAUCUGGAGACGCUGUUGGAUAGUAUUGGAGCUCUAAAAGAUGUGGGACACCCUCAGGCAAUCAAGAGUCUGGUGGGUCGGGGCAUACCCAGCGUAUCAAGAGAGAAUAGAGGAGGGUGCUUCAAAGGAGGAUGGAAAAGAAGAACCAGGUGGAGCUCUAUGCCGUGGCGAGUUUUGUCAUGGGAUUUGAAGAUGGUGUUGAACAAGAAUGGCAGUAAAGGAGGACUCAUGGCGGCAUAUUAUAGAAGUGAUUUCGUGGGAGGCUCCUUGACUGCAAUUAUGAAUACCUAGGUAGGUAUCUAGGCGAGAAGGGAACCAUUGAAGCGCUAUAAAUCGCGGGAAAAUGCAAAUGCUCUGUGUAGCAUUGGGUGUUAGAAUCGAA